AUGGUAGGAGGGAAUCAGACCAACAGCUUUGAGUUCACCCUCUGGGGACUCUCUGAGCGGCCCGAGCAGCAGCACAUCCUCUUCCUGCUGUUCCUGUGGAUGUAUGUGAUCACCGUGGCUGGAAACCUGCUCAUUGUCUUGGCCAUUGGUGCUGACACACGUCUCCACACCCCCAUGUACUUCUUCCUCGCCAUCCUAUCAUGUGCAGACAUCCUGUUCACCUCCACCACUGUGCCUAAAGCCCUGGUGAACAUCCACACCAAAAGGAGGUCCAUCUCCUAUGCAGGAUGCCUGACCCAGCUCUACUUCUUCUUGACUUUUGGGGACAUGGACAUCUUUCUCCUGGCCACAAUGGCCUAUGACCGCUUUGUGGCUAUUUGCCACCCUCUCCACUAUGCAGUGAUCAUGAGCUUCCAGCGCUGCAUGUUCAUGGUGACUGCCUGCUGGACCCUCACAAACUUUGUGGCUAUGACCCACACUUUCCUCAUAUUCCGGCUCUCCUUCUGCUCUAAGAAGACUAUUCCUGACUUCUUCUGUGACCUGGGACCCCUAAUGAAGGUCUCUUGCUCUGAUACCCAGGUCAAUGAACUUGUACUUCUCUUCUUGGGGGGUGCAGUUAUUUUGAUCCCCUUUUUGCUCAUCCUGGUCUCUUAUAUCCGGAUUGUGUCAGCUAUCCUUAGAGUUCCCUCUGCCCAGGGAAGGCUCAAGGCUUUCUCUACCUGUGGUUCACACCUCUCUGUGGUUGCCCUGUUCUUUGGGACAGUGAUCAGGGCUUAUUUGUGCCCCUCAUCCUCUUCUUCUAACUCUGUGGUGGAGGACACAGCAGCUGCGGUCAUGUACACAGUAGUGACUCCCCUGCUGAACCCCUUCAUUUAUAGCCUGCGGAACAAGGACAUGAAGGGGGCUCUGGUCAGACUUCUCAGGGGCAAAGUCUCCUUCUUGAGGGGCCAGUGA